CGCAAAAGUACAUAACUGCUAUAAAUCCUUCAGCAGCAGCGAGAGGCUUUGUCGGGGUUUAAGCAAAGCUUAUUCCUCUCUCUCUGCAUUUCUCUAAUUCAUUUCAUACCUCGCAUCGCGAGCUUUCCUCUUCACUCAUGGAACUUCUAAAUUCCACAGUUUCAACCACACACCCUAUCUUUCGUUCACUUCCAUUUUCUUCCUUAUCAACCAACAACUCCUCAACAAUCACCUUUUCGAAAUCUAAAAAAUUUCCCCUAUUCUCCCAAUUUUCCUCCCCCUCAAGAUUCAUAAUUUCAGCUCAUUUUUCCCGACGCUCGAACCGCCAGAAUCAUCUCAGGAGAAAGAUCCUUGAAAAUCAACAACUACGGCAACAACAGGAGGUGAGUGGCAAUUCUGUAAUUUCUGCUCCCUUUUCUCAAAGUGUUCAGCAGGACUAUGAAAAUUUUGAUCAAAAUUCGAAAUUACAUGAUUUUGAUUCUGAGAUUGCUCAAUAUUCCACCAAGUCGCGUGAUAUUAAGCUAUCAAGGCCUUUUGGCGAGUCCGUCAUGUGGAAUAAAUUAGAGAAUUGGGUUCAGCAGUAUAAGAAGGACACAGAGUUUUGGGGCGUUGGGACUGGUACCAUAUUCACAGUUUAUCAGGAUUCCGGGGGUAAGGUUGAAAGGGUAGUUGUAAAUGAGGAUGAAAUUUUCAGAAGAAGUAAAGUUCAACCAGCAGUGUUUAGGGAUGCUGAUGCUGCAGUUGAUGAUAUAAGUGAAGUUAAUGAAAAAGUUUCUUUUGCCAAGUCGUUAGCCAGAGAAAUGGAAUUUGGGAACAACCUAAUUCCUACAAAUAGUUCAGUUACAAAGUUUUUGAUUUCUGAUGAGGCAAAGUUAGAUAAUGUCCUAAAGGGAAUAAGUGGUUUUAGUCUAAAUCCAAGUUCCUAUAAAAUGCUACCUCAGACUGGGAUUGCAGUAUUGUGUGGUUUAAUUGCGAUGUGGGGUCUGAAGAUGUUGUUUGGAGCUUGGAACAAUGAACAGGGCUACACAAGAUUAGAGAACGAAAUGCUGAGGAGAAAGAGGGAAGCUAGAAUGAAGAAGGAGAAGGAUGUGAAAGGUAGUGUAGAAGUUGUCCAGGAGUCCACAGAGCAUAACACCAACUUUUCUAUUGAGAGGCCCCAGUUUAAUAAGGAAAAACUCAUGAGUAGUAUAAUGAAAACUAGGGAGUCACAUAAUAAACCAGCAUUGCCAGAAUAUCCAAGCAGCCAGCAGAUUGGAGAUACACAAUUUGAUUAUAAGAUUCAGGAAAUUAAAGAGAUGGCAAGGCGUGCAAGAGAAUUGGAAGAAAAAGAUAAUUUGCCUAAUGAUGAUGUAGCUGAUUCUGAUACUUUUGAUGCAUUCUCCAAUGAAAAUGAUGUGGUAGAGCAACCUCACUUACGGAGUCUUGGUUCUCAAAUGGACCUUAAUGAAUACAGUGGAGAUACCCGAGAUCUGAGAAAAACUACAGAACCAACACCUCUUGAUAGUAUUGAAAAUGAUGCUAGAGUCUUGAGUUGUGUAACUGCAAAGAGUCCCACUGAUUCUUUAAGUUCUACAGAAAAUCAAAGUGAUUUGGUGCAUGAUGCAAGCUUGUUGAAUAAUGUCAAUGGGAUAACUGAACAAUCUGCCAUGCCAGGUGGCCUAUCAAGCAAGCCACGCAAAAAUUAUAUGAAAACAAAGUCAAGGAUCAUAAUGUCAGUGAAGGAAGCUAGAGAAUACCUCUCUAGGAAAACCAAUAAAUGUAAAGAAAACCAAGAGAGCAUAGUUGCAAGUGUCAAAAAAGUUGAUACAUCAUCUACCAAUUUAAUGGAAAAGAAAGGCGUUGGCCAUGUGAACCAGAAAUCUGAUGACUCGAGUGAGUUCUUGAAAGAUUCUAAUUGCAAAAGAAAGAAAUCUGUUAUCCAAGAGAGCAUAGUCACCAGUGUUGAGCAGGUUGAUACCCUAUCUACCAAUUUAAUGGAAAAGAAAACUGCUGGCUGUGUGAACCAGAAAUCUCAUGAUUCCCAUGAGUUCUUGGAAGAUGCUAGUUGCAAAAGGAAGAAAUCUCUUCCAAUUGAUAACAAUUAUGUAGCUGUACAAGGCAGCAAGGCAGUUGAUUCUGGUGACCUUGACUUGAGCUCACACGAUGGAGGCCACUGUGAAAGUUCUGUCAAUAGGCUGGCUGAUUUAGCGUUGCCUAUAAGAGCAACAGACAGUGAGAGUAGGUCAGACCAGGAUGAUAACAACAAAAUCAUAUCACCUUCCAUUUUGCUUGAAGCAUCAACUACUUGUCAAGAUUCCAGUUUCACCAAUGUGCCAUCUUUUCCAGCAAUGGAAAUCCCAGAAGAUGUCAAAAAAGGGGUAGCAGAUUUGAACAUUCCUGAAACUCACUCUGAUCGUAACAGAAAUGACAGAAGCCAAGAGACAGCUCCAUUGGUAAAUAAGGAGAAUUGGUUGGAAAAGAAUUUUCAUGUACUCGAGCCAGUAAUUAAGAAGAUGCAUAUGGGCUUUAGGGAUAAUUACUUGGUUGCAAAGGACAAACCUAGCGAAGAGUUGGAUGCAAAGACAAAGCACCUUCACCUUGAGACUAGUAAAUAUGGUGGUGAACUUGAAUGGAUGAGAGAUGAAAGGCUCAAAGAAAUUGUAUUUAAGGUUCGAGAAAAUGAGCUGGCUGGAAAAGAUCCAUUUUUCCAAAUGAGUAAUGAAGAUAAACUUGCAUUCUUUGAUGGCCUAGAGAAGAAAGUUGAACAAGAGAACAAGCAACUUUUGGAUUUGCAUGAAUGGCUGCACACAAACAUUGAAAACCUUGAUUAUGGAACAGAUGGCAUCAGUUUGUAUGAUCCACCGCAGAAAAUUAUGCCUCAGUGGAGAAGUCCUCCCAUGGAGAAAAUUCAUGAGUUACUCAAUAGCUCUGUAGAACUGAGAAAGACAGUUGAUGAAGGUACUAAAGAGUCUACUGUCAUGAAUAAAUACAAACAAGAGACACAUCUCAAAUCAACAGACUCUCAAAUCAACACUGAGCUAGAAAAUAAAUCAGCAAAAGCUCCUAAGACUAUUAUAGAAGGAAGUGAUGGUUCAGCUAGAGCCGGAAAGAAAUCUGGAAAAGAGUAUUGGCAGCACACAAAGAAAUGGUCACAAGGGUUCCUAGAGUCAUACAAUGCAGAAACAGACCCAGAAAUCAAAAGUGUUAUGAAGGAUAUAGGGAAGGACUUGGAUAGAUGGGUUACUGAGAAAGAGAUACAAGAAGCUGGUGAACUAAUCGAUAAAUUACCUGAGAGGGGAAAGAAGUUCAUCAAAGAGAAACUUGACAAGGUCAGAAGAGAAAUGGAGCUAUUUGGACCCCAAGCUGUGGUGAGCAAAUAUCGCGAGUAUGCUGAUGAAAAGGAAGAGGAUUACUUGUGGUGGCUAGAUUUACCUUAUUUACUGUGUAUUGAAAUGUACGUCAGGCAAGAAGGGGAGAUGGAAGUGGGGUUCUAUUCAUUAGAAAUGGCUGCUGAUCUGGAAUUGGACCCUCAGCCAAAACAUGUAAUUGCUUUUGAGGAUGCUGGUGAUUGUAAAAAUCUUUGCUACAUUAUACAGGCUCACAUGGAAAUGCUUGGCAAUGGAAAUGCAUUUGUUGUUGCACAACAGCCCAAGGAUGCUUUUCGGGAAGCCAAAGAAAAUGGUUUUGGUGUGACUGUAAUUAGGAAAGGGCAGCUACAGCUCAAUGUGGACCAAGCGUUAGAAGAGGUGGAGGAAGUUAUCAGUGAAAUUGGAAGUAAGAUAUACCAUGAUAAAAUAAUGCGUGAACGUGGUGUUGAUAUAGAGGCGUUAAUGAAGGGCGUAUUUGGUACUGGAAAGUGUGCCUACAGUAAGAAGUCAAAGAAGAAAUUGAGGAAACUGCUUGCAAAUAGAAGAAAACACUCAAAAUAGAUGAAGUUGAUUGAGCACUAAAGAAAACACUUGGAGCUGGGAGCAUGGCUAUCUUGAAUAUUUAUGCAGUUUAAUGGUUCCAUUCCAUGCACGGUAGCAAGUUUAUCAUCUAUUGAGGCUACAUUUCUUUAGCUCAACCUUAAUAUAGAGCUGCCAGUCUGCUGCCCGGUUUGCCAUCUUUCCUAGCUGCUGUUAUGCAGACAGAAUAUGAAAUAAUGAAAUGAUAAACAACACACUUGUGCAUUUUGCAGA